AUGAUACAAACAAAUUCCCGGGGCCACGAUCAAUGUAUAAGGAGUGGUGUAGCGAAGACGCUACAACACUCCGAAGAGACGGCAUUAAAAUUCUACCAGGUGCCAGGCACCGACGAGGCCCUGAGGAUAGAUACGGCCGAUCAGACAGCGAGGUUUGAGGAGGAGGUGAUGAAGGAGUUCGACGAUAUAUUCGCCCCGGAACCCUACAUCAACCUGAACAACGGCGCACAGGUGCGAGAAAAAUUGAUAGAAUCGACGGCGUACACAAUGCACCCGACGGCCGUGAUAAGUGACGGAUUUAUCAAAAAAAUUCAAAGACAAUUCAACCGGUCUGUGCUGGACAGCCGGGUCGAUAUAAUAUACGAAUACGCCGUCCAAUACCACACCGCCGAUAACAUAGACAAACGGACGUUGACGGACUUGACGAGAGAGAAAAAAAUACAUUUCGUUACACAGGAUAUCGACGUGGUAGGUACUAUCGAAAUUAAAACGGAAACUCCUCGAACUUCGUAG